CACGGAACUUUCUCACACGGCACGCAGGUUCAACGCGUGAGCCGCCGGCCGCACCAAACCAUAAGCGGCGAAUCACACCCGGAGACCACCGGGGUCUGAGAAAUCCCCACGACGCCGGGGUCUGAGAAAAUCCCCACACCCCCGAUGUCCGCUCCGGCGACCACCACCAGCACGGCGUACGGGUGCGCGGCGUGCGGCGCGGACCUGAACCUGUCGGCGGCGCACCUGUACCCGGCGGGGUGCUACUUCGAGGCGGGGAACAAGGGGACGCUGUCCUUCUCGUGGGUGGACGAGUCCCGGCUGCGGUUCGCGGCGGAGGACAGGAUCCGGCCAUUCUUCGAGACGCUCGACUACUGGGGCAUCCAGCGGAAGCGCACCCGCAUCAGCUGCGACGCCUGCGGCCGCCUCAUCGGCUACGUCUACGACGACGGCCCCCCGCUCAUGGAGGGCACCGGCCAGUUCGGGAUGGGGCCCAGCCAGGUCAUCCCGCGCCGGCCCAGGUACCGGAUCAAGAUCAAGGCCGUCACCACGACCACCGGAAACGGCGCCUCCGCCGCUGCCGCGGCGCGCUGAGAGCUGAAUCCGCGCUUUCGGCUUCGCGAGUGUUUGUGCAAAUUGGUACCCCUAUACCUGCUCUUGCGGUGUUUGUCAGCUCGGUUCGCAGGCUGCAAUAAACUUGGACCGAUCAAGUUUGAUGUGACUAGUGUAAAAUCGGAUCAAACUUCGUUU